AAUGCCAGACUCACUUCUCUGAGCGUCAGUGACUGUAUCAACGUGGCAGACGACGCUAUCGCUGCCAUCUCCCAGCUCCUGCCCAACCUCUCCGAGCUGAGCCUUCAGGCCUACCACGUCACUGACACUGCCAUGGCCUACUUUACAGCCAAGCAGGGCUACACCACCCACACUCUGCGACUUCAGUCAUGUUGGGAGAUCACCAAUCAUGGAGUGGUGAACAUGGUUCACAGCCUCCCCAACCUCACCGCCCUCAGUUUGUCUGGCUGCUCCAAGAUCACAGAUGAUGGUGUGGAGCUGGUGGCUGAGAACCUGCGGAAGCUGCGCAGCCUGGAUCUGUCCUGGUGCCCUCGGAUCACUGACAUGGCCCUGGAGUAUAUCGCCUGCGAUUUGCACAAACUGGAAGAACUGGUGCUGGACAGAUGUGUGCGGAUCACGGACACCGGGCUGGGCUACCUGUCCACUAUGUCAUCUCUGAAGAGCCUUUAUCUCCGCUGGUGCUGUCAGGUUCAGGAUUUUGGACUGCAGCAUUUGUUUGGAAUGAGAAGUCUUCGCUUACUGUCGCUUGCAGGCUGCCCCCUUCUGACCACCACUGGCCUGUCCGGUCUCAUCCAGCUGCACGACCUGGAGGAGCUGGAGCUCACUAACUGUCCUGGAGCAACAGCAGAGCUCUUCAAAUAUUACUCCCAGCACCUGCCCCACUGCAUGGUCAUUGAAUAAGAGCCCCCGCCCUGCACUAAUGUAAUUCCUCCUUCUCUUUGCCCGUUUUUUUCUGGAAUCCUCCCUGCUCCCACCAAAGUAACCCCUCCCUCCUCGAGCCUUUGUCUUCCUUCUUGGCCCAUCGAACAGACUCAUCCUCAGGCAGAAGGUAGCAGAGCAGCUGAUGCGGGGGCACACUGGCCCCUCAGGAUGAAGGGACAGGGAUGCUGUGAAGGAGCUUGAUGCGACGUCUUGUCUGACAGAAGCUUCCGCCCCAAGAGCUGACCAUCUCCAGAGUUUUCAGUGAGGGCGUCCAGCUGAGGUGAAACAGUCCGGAUGUUCAGACCUACGCAGACGUAAACUUUCUGUCGAUGCUCUCCAGACCACAAGGACUCACUUUCAGAACUGCUUCUCAAGAGGUCACAGGAAGAGGUCAGGUUGAGAUGGGGGGGCCAGGAAGAAGCAGAUCAGAUGCUAAAUGACUCAAACAAACCUCUUUCUCUCCUUUUCUCCGAAGUUUGAAGUUCUCAGCUUCUCUUCAGGACUCCAUCAGCUUUUCUGAUUUCUGUCUACAGGAUUCUGAACGAUUAACCCAGAAAAAGAACCUUUUGAAAACAUCUGUUUACAGUGGCAUUUUCUUUGUUGGGGGGGCACAUGCUUGACUGAUAUGUGUGAUUUGGCUUCUUUUUGCAAGUUCUCAGUUUUGUUCUUGUUUAUGUUGCUGGUGUGAGCAGAGGUACGAUGAGGAGAACUUACAGGUGAGUUCACAGACGGCCUAAAGUUACAAAGUCAAGAUCGUUGAUGAACUCUUGAUCUAACUGUUAAAACAUCACGGCUAGUUACUGAUUUGAAACUUGUUUAGAUUGCUGAAUGUGUGCUGAUUAUCACACAACUAUCAGGAGUUUAGUCCUUUAAUGAGUCAUUAGGCAGCAAAGAGUCUUUUUUUCAACCCACAUCUUCAUGUUUUGAGGUGGAGCAACACUUCUGACUGAUCCACGCUGCAGGAUCUGAGAAGUCAUGUCAAGUGGCUGUAGUGUCUGAUAACCAGUCAUCAGGCCACUUUUCUGAGAGCAGCUCACAGCAGAGCACCACCAACACUUCUGUCCACACAAACAUGGAAAAAGGUGUUUUUUGUUUUGGGAUAGAUGUCACUUCAAAUAUUAGCAGCUGUUCUGAUAGUGAUUUCAUGUGUGGAAAAGCUAAUGAGUUCAGCGGACAGAUCUGCUGCCCCAAAACUCAACGAUGAAACUGAUGAUUGAUCCGACAGGAAUUGAAUUACAUUUUUUAAAGCAGGCUUAUCAUAUUAGCAUGUUAGCAACUAUGUGCUAGCGUGCUAGCAUGUAAACAGGUUAACAUUCAAACAAAGGUGUAUUUUAAACAUAAAAAAGUAAGCUGUAAAAAAGCAUCCACGUUACCAUGACAACCCCUUCAUCCAUGCAACUGUAAAAAAAGAGUUGAGGCUGAGCUUUUCUUGGGUUUACUUUUCUUGGGCCAUAUUUAACAGAGUUAUCUGAUCAAAACAAACGGAGGGCUGCCGCAGUCCCGGGCCCAGACAUCCCAAACAUUCGUCUACUGUGUUUACUUUGAGGAAAACUUCGAAAGGUGACCCUUCCCAUGGACCUUCAUCCCUCUGAAGAUGGGCUUGUGCCCUAGAGAAACUCUUUGAUGGCACAUUACCCGGCAUAGCUUGCAUGUUUUUAUGUGGUCUGUUUUUUUUUUCUUCUUUUUUUUAAGCUCCUUUUGGUUGUACAGAAAAAUAUUUAUUUAGUCAUUUAUUUAUUAAAGAAACAUUUGUUAGCUAUUUUAUUUCAUCUCUGGAUUAUCUUAAAUUAUGGCUUUCAAUAAGCUUUCACACUGUUGGAUAUUAUUGUUUAUGUUGUAGCUGUUUAGCUGCUGUAAAGACCAGAUAAUAACAAACCUUUGGAUAUCACUGACUAUGUAUAUCUCUUCUAAAGACACAACAGUAUCUUUGCUCUGUGCCGUCUGUGUCAGCGUUGUGUUGCUGUUCAGCUCCUUCAUAGUGAGGAAAGACUCAUUGUGAAGUUUUGUUGUCCUGAAAUCAGCAGAAUAUACAGAGUGUGACAUUUAUAAAUCAAGGAGUCUGGACACAGUUGGUAAAAUGUUAUCAUUGGAAGAGGGGCGUGGUCUCUGAGGAUUUUGUGGAAGCUUAUAAAAAACAAAACUGUCAAACAUGAAGAUUUUUUGGCUGCAGCUCAGCUCCUGUCAGGAUGAUUUAGCACACACAGAGAGAUGGGCAGAUUAUCCAGAUCCUGUACGCUAAAAAGUAAAAGCAAAACUGCUAAAGAAUCAACUCAAGUACUGCUUAAUCCUUUAACACCAGAGCUCCAGUGUUUAUGUUCUUUGAUUUAGUGUAGCUUUUCAACGGUUAACAUGAUCAUUCCAGUAGAUUGUGAAGGAGAAAAGCGGGCUGCUUUUCUCCUUCACAAUCUACUGGAAUGAUCGUGUUAAGGGUUAAAAAGUUACAGUAGAAUAAAGAUUUUGUGCUAAAGCAUCACAGACAAGGCCUCGGGUGUUAAAGAGUUAACAGGACUAACUGAAUAAGCCUUAUCCAAGACUAAAAAAUAAACUUUGCACUUUGGUAUUUCCAGAUAUUAACAUUUGAAGUUCUGAACUGAGAGAAGAAAGUUUGAGAGGACUUUCAUUGAUGUGUGGGUUGAAGCAGAGGUGCACAAUAUUUCAUUUGUUUGCAGAUUUGUGUAAUGCUGAUUUGGGGGGGGGGGCUGAGAUAUGAUCAGAGUUCUGCAAAAUCCUUUAUCUUUGUGAAACAUAAACACAAAGUCCCGUCUGAUUUUUUUUUUUUUUUUAGUUUAUGGCAAAUUUUGUGUUGAUUUAAAUUUGGUUGACCCUCUGUUUGCUGAAAGCUGAAUAAUAUUGGCAGGCCAGGAGAAGUCUUUAUACUGGCAAACCCAGAAAGCGUCUUUUAUUUUACAAAUGUUGUAUCAAUAUUAUCGUGCAUACUUCAAAAAUAAAUAUUUUACAAACAAG